AGUGCUAACGGCUAGCAAGGAUUUAUUUCCCUUUUGCUCCAAUAGCAGGGCCUGGGCUUUUGGAGCAGCAGGAUCUGUGUUCUCUCUCCGCUGUCACCGGGAUGGCCCCAGUGGGCACUGGGGGCUGCGUGGGGAGAGCCGUGGAGCUGUCAGUGGCCUCAGGCCAAAAAAGAGGAGGAAGAGGCUCUCUGCAUCUACUGGCAAGUGGUGGCUGAGAGCGGCAGCUGGUCUCCAGAUGGCUGCACCGCCGUGCACACGAACAGCACUCACACCACCUGCAGCUGUGACCAUCUCUCCAGCUUCGCCAUCCUAAUGGCUCCCACCGCAGUGACGGUAUCUCACCGUGAGACUCGGAUCGCAGGGCUGGACCCUGAGCUCCGCACUCAGCUGUGGGCAAAGCUCUCCCUGGAGCGACUGGAGGCUUUGCUGGGGAAAAGGCUGAGUCGGAGCCGAGGGGGCUGGGCCGGGGUCACUGGUGAUUCUCCCUUUGCUGUGUUACAGGAGAGCUACUCACUGACCAUCAUCACCUACGUGGGACUGACCCUCUCCCUGCUGUGCCUCUUCCUGGCCAUCCUCACCUUCCUCCUGUGCCGCUCCAUCCGCAACGUCAGCACCUCCCUCCACCUGCAGCUCUGCCUCUGCCUCUUCCUGGCACACCUGCUCUUCCUCACCCAGGUGACCCGCCCCGGCAGUCAGGUGGCGUGUGCUGUCAUUGCUGGCCUCCUACACUACCUCUUCCUGGCCUGCUUCAGCUGGAUGUUCCUGGAGGGCCUGCAUCUCUUCCUCACCGUCUGGAACCUGCAGGUCGUGAAUUACACCAGCGCCAGCCAGUUCAAGAAGAGAUUCAUGUACCCGUUCGGCUACGGAUUCCCAGCCCUGGUGGUGGCUAUUUCUGCAGCGGUGAAUCCUGGUGGCUACGGAACUUCCACACACUGCUGGCUCAGCCUGGAGAGAGGCUUUCAUUGGAGCUUCCUGGGACCAGUCUGUGCCAUAAUCCUGAUAAAUAUAACAUUCUUUGCCCUGACUGUGUGGAUCCUCAGAAACAAACUCUCCUCCCUCAAUGCAGAUGUGUCCACCCUCAGAGACCACAGGUUACUGACCUUUAAAGCCAUUGCCCAGCUCUUCAUUCUGGGCUGCACAUGGAUCCUUGGUCUCCUCCAAGUCGGCCCAGCAGCCACGGUCAUGGCGUAUUUAUUCACCAUCGUCAACAGCCUGCAGGGAGCCUUCAUCUUCCUGGUGCACUGUCUCCUCAAUCGCCAGGUGAGACAGGAGUACAGGAGAUGGAUCAAGGGAUUCCGAAUGUUCAGCACGAAAUCUCAGACAUACGAUCUGUCCAUGUCUGCUGUCCCCACCACCAGCACCAAGACGGUAAGAGGUCCUCAGCUGUGUUCCAAUACCAGCCUGUGACACAGUCAUCUCUAGCUGGGUCUCAUCACUGCUGGAAAGGUGCUUUGCCCCCUGAAUGACUCAGGAUUGGUUAUAAGCCAGCUGGGAACGUCACUGCAAGUGUCAGUGACGGUCGGUCACUAUCGAGGGGUAUCCUAGAUGUCUGAGGCACCAGACCAGAAUGUCCUGUCCUGGCACCUCCGCGUUCCCUUCCCUUGGCUCUCCUGGGAGCUCCAGGGGUCACUCACUGUGGACUAGGCAGGCAUUGGCUCUUGCAGUGUCAUGAUCUGAAUAGAUCAGAUUGUCCCUUGGGACUGAAACCUUGUCAGUGCAGACGGAUCAUCUCCAAUGAGCAGUCAGCACCGUGAAGAAUUUCCCUUGGCACCAUUAUCCCGAUGGGUCAGUGUCCAGGGGCUUUGUGUGUCGCCUCCCAGAGACAACCCACCAGUUUGCACAUUACACUCUCAGUGGCCUUGG